AUGGUUCAAAAAGUACUCUUGUUGGGCUCUGGUUUCGUUGCCAAGCCAACCGUGGACAUUCUCUCCAAGACUCCAAACGUCGAGGUUACUGUUGCUUGCAGAACCUUGUCUAAGGCUCAGGAAUUGGCUGGUGAUGUUGCAAAGGCCAUUUCUCUUGAUGUUACCGAUGAGAAGGCUCUUGACGAGGCUGUUGCUCAAUAUGACUUGGUAAUCUCAUUGAUUCCUUACAUUUACCAUGUUCUUGUUGUUAAGGCUGCUAUUAAGAACAAGAAGCAUGUUGUCACUACAUCUUACAUCAACCCUAAGUUGAAGGAGUUGGAGCAGCAAAUUGAGGAUGCUGGCAUUACCGUCAUGAACGAGAUUGGUUUGGACCCAGGUAUUGACCAUUUGUAUGCCGUCAAGACCAUUGAGGAGGUGCACCAAGCUGGUGGAAAGAUCAAGUCUUUCUUGUCUUACUGUGGUGGAUUGCCAUCUCCAGAGGACUCCGACAAUCCUUUGGGUUACAAAUUCUCGUGGUCUUCUAGAGGUGUCUUGUUGGCAUUGACCAACUCUGCUUCCUACUGGAAAGAUGGUAAUGUUGAGAACGUUAAGUCUGAAGACUUGAUGGCUACUGCUCAACCAUACUUCAUCUACCCAGGUUUUGCUUUCGUGGCUUACCCUAACAGAGACUCCACCACCUACAAGGAAUUGUACAAUAUCCCAGAAGCUGAGACAGUCAUCAGAGGUACCUUGAGAUUCCAGGGUUUCCCUGAAUUCAUUAAGGUGUUCGUUGACUUGGGUUUCUUGAAGGAGGCCGAGCACCCAGCCUUCAAGACCGCUCUUCCAUGGAAGGAGGCCUUCGCUCAGUUGAUUGGUGCUACUUCCAGCUCCGAGAAGGACCUUGUGGCCAAGAUCUCCGAGCUGGCCACUUUCAAGGACGAGGCUGAUAAGACUAGAAUCAUUGCUGGUUUAAAGUGGUUGGGUUUGUUCUCCGACAAGACCACCACCCCUAAGGGCAACCCAUUGGACACCUUGUGUGCUACUUUGGAGGAAUUGAUGCAGUAUGAGGAGGGUGAGAGAGACUUGGUCUGCUUGCAGCACAAGUUCGGCAUUGAGUGGGCUGACGGUACUACAGAGACCAGAACCUCGACCUUGGUUGACUACGGUGAUGUUAAUGGCUACUCUUCUAUGGCCAAGUUGGUUGGUGUUCCAUGUGCUGUCGCUACUCAACAGAUCUUGGAUGGUACUUUGUCCCAGAGAGGUUUGUUGGCUCCAAUGUCUUCUAAGAUCAACGAUCCAAUCAUGAAGACCUUGAAGGACGACUACGGUAUCUUCUUGGUCGAGAAGACCAUUUCUUAG